AUGGAGUUAAUAACAUUUACAAACAUUGAAAACAUUGAGAUGAUGUUAGCAGAUGUAUUAAAAACCUAUUGGAAAAAUUUGGCUGGUGGACAAUGUGCGUAUGAAAAUAAUUGCGAUUCCGAUUUUACAGAAAAAUUAAUUCAUUGUGUGGACUGUUGGAAUUGGUUUCACAAAUCAUGUGACAGUGAAGAUUUAAGUGCUGUAAAAGGUACUUGGGGAAGUCCAGGUGGACGAAGGGGAUGCCGUUCAUGGAGAGGAGGAGUUGGAAGUAGUGGAGGUCCAGAUGGAGGUGGUGGUGGACAUGGAAGAAGUGGGGGUCCUGAUAGAGGACGUGGAAGUAGUGGAGAUCCCGAUAGAGGACGUGGAUGGAGUGGAGGUCCCGAUAGAGGACGUGGAUGGAGUGGAGGUCCUGAUAGAGGACGUGGAUGGAGUGGAGGUCCCGAUAGAGGACGUGGAUGGAGUAGAGGUCCCGAUAGAGGACGUGGAAGUAGUGGAGGUCCAGAUGGAGGACAUGGAAGUGGUCGGUGGUCAGGUGGAGUGGAAUGGUGA